AAAAAUGUGCAUUUGUAACUAAUUUGACUAAGAACAUGUGAUUUGAAAUGUUAUGAGAAGUAGCAAUCAGUGAGAAACAAUGUAAGGUGGGAAUUUGUUAUUGUGACAUUUUUACUAUACAGGUAUACAUGCAUUGAUUAAUCGUUCACAUAAGUGACGGUGCAUUAAAUCUGUUUCAUGUUGCAGGCUAUCAUUUUGACUUAUCUCACAGUCAGUCUAUUAACAUGAGUGUCUCGGUUGCUCGAAUCUUUCAAGCCGCCCUCAUACGUCUUAUAAAAUUCCCUUUCUCUCUCUGUUUGAUGGCCUCUUGCUGGUUGGUUUUCUUAAUGCAGGGGCUGAAUAGGAUUUAAUGUAAUCCCACUGAGUGAACAGAUGGACCGAUAGCAUUCAGUGCCCUAAUACAGACCUGUCUUUAACCCACGGGAUAUAUUUAUACCCCAGUACAGCCCCUCCCAAAGCCUCUCACUCACUGUCUUCAACAUCACAUCAUCUCCACACACCAGUUUCACAAGAGGAAAUUUUUCACUUCGCGGGAUUUGGAUAAAUCUUCAUUUGGGAAGCACGCUCGCUCUUUUCAACUGCGCCGCGUCCACAUGCAGUUCGUGCCAUCUCCACGCGUAACGAGAUUACUCCCACGUCACGGCAGGUGCACAUUUACCCACGUAAGCUUCUUUACCCCAUGGACAUCGUUGUCUACUAUUGAGGGAGAGCAUACAGAAGCGUGUUAAACUUUUGGAGGCGCUGGAUUGCAUUGCCGCAGAACUUGUUGAGAUUUCCCCCCGUGAAUUAAAGGCAGAGGGCAGCAGAGCCGUGGACGCGUUCAGUCUCUUUCUGCGGGCGUCUUUGGAGGAUUUGCGUGGCUUUAACUCACGCGGUGAGCAUGCUGUAACGCUCGAAGAUGCGCCAGGGGUCGUGGCACUUUAAAUGGUUGGGAAUAAGCAUCUGCGUUCUUCUGCUCACCGUUGUGAGUCAUUCUCAAGAUUCAGAAGACUGGCAGUAUGAGGAAUGCAAACUCUCUCGAAGCGGCCCACCUGCCACCAUUGUAGCCAUAGAUGAGGAGAGUCCUAAUGGAACUCUUCUGGUGGAGAACAUGCAGAUAAAUGGAAGAGCAGAAGGUCCCGACCGAACCAUCUCUUUGUCCUUACGUGACAACCAGGACUACUGGGUCAUCCUGGACCCGGUCAGACAGCGUCUAUAUCUUAACAGCACCGGGCGAGUUCUGGACCGAGAUCCACCCUCCUACAUUCAGUCCAUUGUAGUGCAGGUUCAGUGUACUAAUGAGCUUGUUGGCACGGUGAUACUGCAUGAGGUGCGGAUAGUUGUUCGGGACCGGAACGACAACCCUCCUCGCUUUCAACAGCCACGAUACUAUGUAGCUAUUAAUGAGUUGACACCAGUUGGAACCACCAUCUUCUCAGGGUUUACAGGAAAUAACGGGGCUGUUGACAUCGAUGAUGGACCUAAUGGACAAAUUGAAUACACCAUUAGAUAUAACCCGAAAGAUCAGAGCACAAACAGGACAUUCGACAUCCCUCUUACCCUGUCUGGAUCUGUGGUUCUGAGAGAGAGACUGAAUUAUGAGGAGAUCACACGAUACCUGGUUAUCAUUCAGGCCAAUGACAGAGCUCCAAACCCAGCCGACAGGCUCACUGCCACCACCACACUCACAGUAGAUGUCCUGGAUGGAGACGAUCUGGGUCCCAUGUUUCUGCCCUGCAGUCUGGUAGACAACACCCGCGACUGCAGACCUCUUACUUAUCACGCCAGUAUCCUGGAGCUCACCGAUCCAAGUCGAGUGAACCCAGUCAAUGUGACUCCUCCUAUCAAUGCGGUGGAUCAAGACAGAAAUAUUCAGCCUCCAUCGGACCGCCCGGGUAUCCUGUACUCCAUUCUCAUCGGGAAACCUGCGUCAUAUACGGAGUAUUUCUCAUUGAAUCGGACCACUGCCGAGCUCCGCCUCCUGCAACCUGUCAGCAGGGAACAACAGCAACGUUUUGACCUGGUCAUCAAGGCAGAGCAGGACAAUGGACAUCCUCUUCCAGCGUUUGCCAAUCUUCACAUCGAGGUGCUUGAUGAGAACAAUCAGGCUCCGUACUUUCAGGUGUCCUCUUAUCGUGGCUUCAUCUCAGAGUCUGCUCCGCCGGGUACCACUAUCUCCAGCAGUGCUAAUCUCUCCACACCGCUCAUCAUCAUCGCCCUGGACAAUGACAUUGAGGAGUCAAAGGAUCCCAUGCUGCGUAUCUCUCUGGACAACUACAACAGCAUCUUCGCAGUGACGCCCAGUGGGAUCGCACGCUACCUGACACUACUGAGGCCUGUGGACCGUGAAGAACAGCAGACGUAUGGCUUGACGAUGACCGCGUCAGAUGGCGUUCAGGAAAGCUCUCCAGCCACCAUUAACAUCACUGUGAUUGAUGCCAAUGACAACACACCCACUUUUCCCAAUGUCUCAUACAGUGUAAAUGUUUACACGAACAUACAGCCGGGGGACGCAGUCUUACAGCUGACAGCUAUAGAUAAUGAUGAGGGUCUCAAUGGGCUGGUAAGCUACAGAAUCCUGGCUGGAGAUCAGGGACACUUCACCAUCAAUGACGGCACAGGACUGAUCACUGUGGUGCCUGGUGUCAACCUGACUGUUGGCCGCUCUUACGCCCUCACUGUCAGGGCCUCUGACAGCGGCCCACCGGCACAGAGAAGAAGUUCCAUCAUCACAGUUUAUAUUGAGGUUCUGCCACCCAACAACCAGAGUCCUCCUCGUUUCCCUCAGCUCAUAUACAGCCUGGAGAUCAGUGAAGCCAUGAGGAGUGGAGCCACACUGCUUAACUUACAGGCAACAGACCGUGAAAGAGACCCCAUUACAUACACCAUCCUGAACGGAGACCAAAACAACGUCUUUGAAGUCUCCCAAACGUCUGGGCAGUUGUUGUUGGCAAAGACGCUGGACAGAGAGAUCACAGAUCACUACACGCUAACAGUCACGGCCUCAGAUGGUAAACCUGACGGGACCAGCACUGCUACAGUGAUUAUAGUGGUGACUGAUGUCAAUGACAAUGACCCCGUGUUCGAUCCCCUGCUGGCUCUCAAUCUCACAGUUCAGGAGGAAGAAGCCAACGCUUUUGUGGGUCAGGUGAAGGCCACAGAUCUGGACUCGGGUGUUAAUGGGCAGGUCCGGUACCAUCUGGUCACUCACACGGAUCUGUUCAGGAUCAGUUCUGAUGGAGGUAUCUUUACAGCUGUGCCUCUGGACCGUGAGGAACGAGCUCAUUACCAUCUACUGGUGGAGGCCUGGGACGGGGCCAAAGACCCUCGGCGGGCCACACUAACACUCUCUGUCACAGUGCUGGAUGUGGAUGACAACAGCCCCGUCUUCUCCCAGCCUUCAUAUCACGUUACACUGCCGGAGAACAGCCCGGCGGGUUUGAUCAUCCUCAACGUCAGUGCUGUGGACCCUGAUCUAGAUGCAAACGUCACAUACAGUAUCAGGAACGUGGAGGCCAGGCAGAUGUUUGCUGUGAAUCCUCUCACUGGAGAGCUGAGGGUUCUCCGCCUGCUAGACUUUGAAGAGCUUUUACCCAAUAGGACGACACAAAGCUUUGUGGUGGAAGCUGCAGAUGGAGGAGGUGGAAAAAUGCCACCUGGAUUAGCGUCUGUUACAGUCACUGUAAUGGACAUGAAUGACUUUUCUCCAGUCUUCACUCAACCGCUCUAUCGAGGGAUGGUGGCGCCCAAUGCAGUCAAAGGAACUGUGGUCACUACUGUACACGCUGAUGACGCUGAUACACAGGGUACAGCGGCCAGUCAAGUUCACUAUAAAGUAGAUUCGGCACAGUUUCCAUACAGCAGCAGUAUUUUUGAUGUGGAAGAGAACUCAGGAAAUGUUUUCACCAAAGUUAAUCUCAAUGAGGAGCCGAAUACUAAAUUCAGUUUGGCAGUUAUUGCUUAUGAUGACGGAAUGCCGAUGAAGUUCAAUAAGACCUUAGUGGAGAUCACCGUCCUGCAACCAUCCAUCAUCCCUGUUUUCACACAGGAGGAGUACAGGUUCUCUCCAGUCAGUGAGAACGCUCCUGUAGGAACGCUUGCAGGAGUCAUCUUGGCAGCUGCUAUAAACCAAACCAUCAUCUACUCAAUCACUGAAGGAAAUGAGGGAGGUGAGUUUAUUGUGAAUAACAUCACUGGAGUUAUCAGCACUGCCAAACCUCUGGACUAUGAGAUCAACAGCAGUUAUGUCCUCCGUGUGGAAGCCGACUCCAUAAGGGUGGUGUCGUCCAACCUUCGUGCCCCGUCCAAAAGUAACACAGCAAAGGUUUUCAUCAAGGUGCAGGAUGAGAACGAUCAUCCUCCUGUCUUCACUAAACCACUUUAUCUUGGUGGGGUUGCAGAGGAUGCCAAGACCUUUACCUCUGUUUUACAGGUCCAGGCUCUGGAUAAGGACACAGGGAAUUACAGUGCCAUGCUGUACAGGCUGAUUAUCCCUCCAACUACUGACGGCAAAGAUGGCUUCAUUAUUGAGCCGUUCACGGGCGUGAUUAAAACGGCCAUCAUGUACAGAAACAUGCGUCGCUCCUACUUCAAAUUUGAUGUGAUUGCCACAGACGACUAUGGCGAGGGUCUCAGCAGCAGCGCUCAGGUGGUGGUGUCCGUGGUGAACCAGCUGGAUAUGCAGGUGGUCGUGUCCAAUGUGCCACCUACUGUAGUUGAGCAGAACAAGAACCACCUGAUUGGGAUUUUGGAGCGCUAUGUACAGGAUCAGAUCCCAGGAGCAAAAGUAGUUGUGGAGUCCGUCGGACCUCGGCGUUUUGGUGAAGGUUAUGAACAGGAAGAUUACUCCAAAUCUGACCUGAUGGUUUAUGCAAUCGACCCUCUCACCAACAGAGCCAUCUCAAGACAAGAGCUAUUCAAGUUUUUGGAUGGGAAAUUAUUGGAUAUCAAUAAGGAGUUCCAGCCAUAUCUGGGUCGUGGAGGACGGAUUCUGGAGAUCCGUACACCGGAAGUUGUGGAAAGCGUGAAUAAGGCCGUUCAGUCUAUGGGAUACACCGAAGGAGCUCUGCUGGCUCUUGCUGUCAUCAUUAUUAUGUGCUGUAUCCCUGCCAUCCUCAUCGUCAUCAUCACAUACCGACAAUUCAAAGAGCGACAGGCCGAAUGUGCAAAAUCAGCCAGGAUUCAAAUGUCUCUACCAGCCGCUAAAUCUGGAGGUGCAGCCACAAAUAAUCUGUAUGAAGAGCUCGGCGACAGCACAAUGAGAGGGUACGGCCAUCAGGAGCAACAGCAGUUGCUUCGGCCUUCUCUCUUAAGACCAGAGGAACUCUCUAUGGAGUCUGGCAUCGACCCAGGACAGGACUAUUAUACACAGGAUUACUAUAAUUAUGACCACGGCUAUGACUUACCUCAGUACGGGAGCCGCCGGAAACUCAUUUCUCCGACAGGGAUGUACGAUGAAUUCGGAGAAGUGAUUAUGGAAGACGAUGGCAGCUACUACUAUAGCUCACACGAGUCAGAAGGAGAGGUUGCCAGGAAAGGCAGAAGGUUGGCUCCACCUGCAGGUGGGGCUGCACCACGCAGGCCACCUAGAUUAGCCUUUGGUGACCAGCCUCAAAAGUUUGAAAAACAUCCAGCAGAGGGCAUCAAACACCCUCACAGCUCCCAGGUUGAAAGUAAGAUCAAAGCACCCAUAAAACAACUGUUUGAGAGAAAGUCUGGUUCACCACAUAACUUUCCGUGGAAGAACAACCGAAUAUUUCCAGAGGAGAACGGUGGAGGUAUCGACGUCCCAAAACCAACAACAAGACAACGAUCGAACAGUGCAGACAGUGGCAUGGUCAUUGACGGCAGCUAUUUUCAGACUAACGAAGCGAUGCCUUCUGCAAAGACGAGACUUGGCAAAGUUUUAAGUCAGAUGAAUAUCUUAAAAACAUUGCAAAAGAACUCUAUGAGUAGCACUAGCAAGACCAGAGACGGUAACGGGAGCGUCUCGAUCAUCUCACAGAGUAUCCCUAAUGAUGGUGGGAGAAGUGAGCGUGACAGAGGUGAAAUAAGUGAAGACGUUAUUCGACAGUCCUACACAGGAAGUGCCGUGUCAUUUGCAUCUCACCAUUCAUACAGACUUCAAGAUGGAGCACAAAUGAGCACUUUAGACUCAGAUGAUGAGCGGGAGCAGAGUCCUGUUGACUCAGAUAAAGAGAGCCAAUCUAAUGUGGAGACGGAUGAGACAGAGUCAAAGACUGAAUCGGGGACAGACCAGGGCAGUGAGACCGAGACUGAAAGAGAUACCGAGUCUGAGGAUGGGUCUGCAUCAGAUCAGGAGACAGAGAUGAGUUCAGAGAGCGAAGGGAGUAGCAGCACACAGGACAGAGGAACAGUAAGAUCCUCUCAGUCCGAAUACAGCAACACAAGCUCUGAAAACUUUGACCCUACAACUGGCAGUGGUUCCCAGAGAUUACCGGCCUACAGCAACUGGUCAUCUUCAAAACCACUGUCUACAUCCACACACAUUAGAUACAGGGCAUCAGGAGAUACUAUCCUGAAAGAGAAUGAGAAGGAUGAGGACAUAAAAGGAAAGGAAGAAAGUUUCUCUAAGGGGCGAAGUGAAGAUCCAGAGUCCUCUAGAUCUAACAUCAGUGAUGCUUCAGAGGAAAAACAAGAAUCUGUCUUCCACAACUCAAGCAGCUUCUCUGUUGCCAUCAGUGUAGGAAGAGCUUCAGAGAUUGACAAACUUCCUCCUAUAGCUGAGAAUGAAGAAGGAGAAAUGAUUUCUGACAGAAGUGAUGGUCCUGAUGAUGGUUCGAGCUCUGCAAAUAGAAGCAGGCACUUGAGAGAUGACGAGGAGGAGGAUGAGGAAGCCGAUCCUGAAUGACAUUCUGAUGUGUUCAUAUGGAAGGAAAAGGAGGAUCAAGCUUGUUGUAGACCGUGACUACGAGACCAGCUCGACUGGGGAAGAAAGUGUCCCGGAGUCACACAGGAACCGUUUGUCGAACAUCAACAGCCAC